AUGUGGACUAUCUGGUCCCGUAGAAACCAGAUUAGAGUGCAGCAAAAUGUUUACCCCAUAACCCAGGUCGUUCCAAAUGCUCGGCAAGCCCUCUCUGUUUUCCAUCGUGCAAACAGAGCCCAACAACUUCUAGCCACGGUAUCCAGCAUAAACCGGGUUACUUGGAUCCCACCACCAGCAAACUCACUCAAGAUCAACUUUGAUGGGGCACUUUUCAAAGAUAUUAACAAAGCCGGUUUGGGUGUUGUUAUCCGUAAUGACCAUGGACAGGUACUUGCAUCCUUAUCGGAACAGAUCCAGAUGCCUUUUUCCUCCGACCUGGUUGAAGCACUAGCAGCGGCACGGGCAAUCUCAUUUGCUCAUGAACUCAGUUUCGCCAACUACAUAUUGGAAGGUGACUCCAAAGUGGUGAUAAAAGCUCUCAAAAGUAAAGAUGACUCCCUAUCUUCUUUUGGCCACAUUCUUGCUUCGGCCCAAACCUUAACAGAUGUCAAUUGUAUUACUUUUUCCCAUACUCAUAGAAUUGGUAAGGCUGUUGCUCAUAACCUAGCAAAACAUGCAAGACAUGUCAUAGGUUUUAAGGUGUGGAUGGAGGAUGUUCCUCCACAUCUCCAUUCUGUAUUGUUCGCCGACUAUGGCUUAUUUUAA